AGCAAAGGCGUGCCACCUCCACGGUCACCAGCACAUCCAAUCUGCGACAGCUGGACACAUCCAAGGAGCGGGAGGACUCCGUGGAGUCCAGCACAGUGCAGCGCCCACUGAAGGAGCGACUGCAUCGUUCCAGGCAGCGAAAGGCACACCCCAUGCGCCUCAAUCAGGGCCAAAGCCAAUAGAAUUCCAAGCUGAAUGGCUAUCGUCCUCUAUAAACUCCCUAAGUCCCAGGAUCUCUUGGUUUAUCGAACUAAAGGUGAUCCGUAUUUAUAUGUACAGUAUUCACCAUUUCUAACCACCAAUUUCAUUCUACUACAAUAGUUUAAAUUGUAAGCACAAUAGAUUAGCGAUAAAUAUGUCCUAAGACACAUAAUAUUAUUGUUAUUAGGCUAACAACAUAUUCCUAUCUGCGUGGUAUGUGGAUGUGAAUAUUUAUUAAUUUAAAUGUGUCAUUAGUGAAUUGUAAUAUGACUCCCUAAUGGACUUCUUAUGCCGCGGUUCUGAAACUAACAAUUUAAUUCCGUAAGAGCAACCCCAAUGAACCCAGCCCAACCGUACCCAUUAUGUGAUAAACAUUCCUGCCUGGCGAAUCACCAGUGUCCAACUCAUCCAAAUCCCUCCCCCAGGACAAUUAGUGCCAACCAAUCGACCGCAAGCCCGGCGGAGAGGAGGAAGGAGCCGUAUUCCUGCGAGCUGAACCAGAUGCGCAGGAAAAUUAAGCUGGUGGUCUCCGCACCCAAGACGAAGGCAAAGGAGGCCAACCGCACGGAGACCGCUGCUCCACAAGCCUCCCUUGCUCCUGCCCCCGCGGCUGCUCCUGCUGCUGCUUCAGCUGCUCCCCCUACACAGGGAAAAACUGGUGAAAAAACUGUGCACAAAUGCCGACACAACCAAGUGCAGAUCCAACGGGAAUUGGCUGCCGUGGCGGCCGUUGCAACUGUGCCUCGGCGCAAGAAAAGCACCUGGCAAUCGCAGGCCCAGGCGCAAGAGAAGUUCCACGCCGAAGCGAAGGCCCAGGUUCAGGCUCUGCUCCAGACCCAGAAGAUCAACAUCUAUGACUCCCCCCCGGGAUUGCGCCAAGAAUCCUAUAGCCAGGCGGAAGCUACAGUGCCCCCUCGAAGGAGUCGCAGAUUAUGGCAAGAGAAGAAACCCAAAGAGAAAUCCAACAAAGUUGAAGUCACCAAGCCCACCGUUUUGACAUACCGCAGAAGGGAGAUGUAUUCCACAGUCGAGGAGAAGAUGCAGCGCCGGCAGCUGGAGAUACAGCAGAAGAAGGAGGAGGAAAAGGCGCACCGGCAGAAGAUGAAACAGGAGCACGAGCUGAGGGAGAAGCAGCGCAGGCGGAUGACCGAGAACUAUCGGCUUAUGGAGGCGGAGCGCGAUCAGUUGGAGGAGAUGGCCAAGCAGGAGGCGCAGGCCAAGGCGUACAAGGAGAUAGCACGGAAGGUGUGGAAGCUCACUGCGAGGAAGGAGGAUGACACGUUGCCCAAGGAUCAGCAGGAUGAUUCGAUCAUCUUUACCACAGGUGUUAGCAAAUGCUAUCGCGAUCGGAUCAGACAUCUGGAGCAAGAGAUGGAGAAGUGCAAGGAGCAGUUGCUGGAUUUUGUCGAGGAGCAUCGCGAUCUGCUUAACUAUGGAACAUUGCGAUACCACUUGGAAAAGCUGACGCCCCUAAAGAGGGAGGAUGAGGAGGAGGAUGGGGACAACGGUAGACCUCUGCCGGAGGGCAGUGGUGAUCCCGGCACCCAAAGAUACGAGAUCUUCCGCCAGGAGCAAGAGAAGGAGCGACAGCGCCAGGUGCAGGAGUUCUUGGCCCGCGACGAGACCAAUGAGUACGAUAAUCUCGAUCUGGACAACGCCUACCGAGCCAAGUACUAUCAACUCUUUAGGGAAAUAAGGGGUGGAUCCUCCUCGCCGGACAGUGGAAGACGCGACUCCGGAUCGGAGCAGUCCCCGGAGCGCGACUACACGCGCGACUAUGCCAAAUACUUUCCCAAUUACUCUGACCUGGACGAGGAUUGGAAAGAACCGGAGCAUCUGUUGCAGUCCCGGCGUCAGCAGAAACGCACAGAGAAGUCGCGCCGGAUGAAGAAGCGCCUGGAGGAGCAACAUCAAGACCGGGAACGCCUGCUGGCCCAUCAGAAGGCCUGCCAGAAGCAGCACGAAGAAUUGGGACUCCACCACAAGGUGCACCGCCACCAUCACCAGCACCAGCACCACGCGGCCAGCGGACCUCGCUAUGAUCCCAUGCAUCUCAGGGAAAACGACAUUCAGGAGGCGUACUUCUCCACGGAUCUCAACUGACAUGUCCUUUAAUAUUUGUCCCAGUCUUGACGCAAUAUAUACUUUGAAACGCGAA